AAUAGCAUAUGUUACAAAGAAAACAGUGAUAAGCUUUUUGCUUUUGCGUUUAUCAUGAAAAAAUUUCAAGAAUCAAGUGAUCGAAAAAAAGAAACUCAUUUAAGAUGUGAACGUCAAAGAAGAGAAGCGAUCAACAGUGGUUAUCAAAAGUUAAAAGAUCUUUUGCCACAGUCGCUCUCACCAGUUGGUUGCAAAACGACAAAUGCUGCCAUUCUUUUUCGUACAGUUGACUAUAUUAAUCAGUUAAAAGGUGAUAUAGAAAGUAUAGAUACUAAUCUAUCUCAGCUUGCAUCGCAAGUGUCAACAUUGGAAUUAAUCAUUAAGGAAUAUGAAAAUAUGUCUGCUGCGAGCUCGAUUGAACCAAAUAAUUUAGUUCAGUGCAAUGUGAUUAAAACAUUUCUCGAUUUGUGUUUCCAGUCAUUUCGUAGUCAAAUCAAUGUUGCAACUAUACAAACGAUGACAAAAACAUUAUUGCCCUGGGUGGAGCAACUUGAUUAUGAAGUAAUUCUGGCCUUUUUUUCAUAUUUAUAUUUUUAUUUCAAUCCAUAA